UCACCUGAUGCUGCUGGAUUGAAUUUUGACAUUUUUUUAUUGUAGUUUAAUCAAUCAUUUUCUAGAAUAAUUAUUUCGUAGGCGCAGUGUAGUACAGCAGUAUUUACAUUUUCUUCAAUUAAUGUACAAUUAGGUUUCUUCGUACCGCAGCUGGACAUCAACUACAUGCUCAGUCAGCAGUCGACCAAUGACUCCGUCGAACUCGACACCCCCAAACACGUCCCAAAUCCUCUCAACUCCUCACCCGUCUCUGAAGAUUUUUACAGACAGCAGAAAACCGUCGUCGUCGUACCUCAGCCGCAAAACAAACCGUUCGGCUGUCCCAAGUGCUCGAGGAGCUUUACUGUCAAAGGCAACAUGACGCGUCAUCUGAAGUACGAAUGCGGACAGCAGCCGAGGUUUCAGUGCCCUUAUUGCGACUUCAGAAGCAAGCAGACGUCAAACGUCAUGUCGCAUAUUAGGACGAAGCACGUGGGCGAGAAAGUUUACGUUGUGCAUCUGAAGUACAACGAGUGAUAGUUUCUGAUUUGAAUUUUCAAGAAAGCUGAACUGAUACGCGAGAAAGUACAGACUGUCUAUGUGAUAAUAAUUAUUGAUAUAUUUUUACGUUACGUUAAUGUAUUGAAAAAAAGAUUGUUAGUUCCUCAUGUCUUCGAGUAUUUUAAUUUAAGUAUAGUGUGGAUACGUUUAACGUUACUUCCUCCUGGAGGAAGCUUUGUAUUUUUUUAUGUUAGCCAGGUCGAGGAUUAUUUGUACGGUGCUAAUGUUUUUAUAUGAUUUGUUAUAUGAUUGAAAAUGUAUUUAUCUAGAUAUAUUUGUUGUAGAGAUGAUUAUUUACAAAAUAUUUAUUGCGAAUUUUAACAUGUGAUACUUUUAAUACUAUGCCUAUAAUACGCGCCUAUUAUAAACGAAAUAUAAAUUUCAGUUGAUUGAACCAUGUGUCUUUCUAUACACACGAUAACUGAAGCCAAUAAAAUGUAUUUGAUACUCGAGUAUUCAA